UCGAUUUCACUCUCUGCAUUGCUUUCGCCCAGUCCCCCCGUCCACGCAUUGCACUUUGAAAGCUUUACGUUCUCAAAAGCCAGCCCCCUUCCCCGCCUCCCCUCCUCAUUUCUUCAGACCAAAGAGCAAAAGUCCAAAACAACAACCUAGCUUCAAAAGCAAAAGCAAAAGAUCACAAUCCUACUUUCUUCCAAUAUCACACCAGAAAGCUUUUGGAAAAAAAAAAAAGCAAACCAAACCAAAGCAAACCUCACUAAGAAAACGCCCAUUAACAAGGAUAUCUCCCUUAUAUACUCUGCACCCAUGUCUCCUUCCUCUCACUUUUCCAUAUUCCCAACGACCCUUCUGAGCUUAGUCCAAUGGACGAGAUUGUGGUUGCAGAGCCUAGCCAUGAAGUCGACACAGAGCACACCAUACGUGCUACCGGGACACUUACUGUUGGUUCUUGGCAUGAUCACGUUCCUGAGCCAUUUGGGAGUGAAAGGUUGCCUCGCAGUUUGGCAUCCGAAAUCCAAAGAUUUCUUCGCGUUGCCAAUUUGAUUGAAAGCGAGGAGCCUCGUAUUGCUUAUAUUUGUCGCUUUCAUGCCUUUGAAAUAGCGCAUAACAAGGACCACAAUUCGAUUGGGCGGGGUGUUCGACAAUUCAAAACUUCACUACUUCAACGACUUGAACAGGAUGAAGAUCCUACAAAAAAGAAAAUGAAGAUAAAAAGUGAUAUACGCGAACUCAAACGUGUAUAUUGUGCAUACAAGGACUAUCUGACCAAAAAUCGUGAAGUAACUGAUUUAGGAAAUAGGGACCGAGAGAGGUUGAUAGAUGCAUCUAAAAUUGCUGCUGUUCUGUAUGAAGUGUUGGAGGCGGUUACAAAUGCAGAUGGUCCCCAGGCCCUUGAUGAAAGAUUUGAGUUCAACAUUCUACCACUUGAUCAUGGAGGUAUUCGGCAACCAAUUAUGCAACUACCUGAGAUUAAGGCUACAAUUGCAGCCAUCCGCAAUAUUCGUGGCUUACCUUCAGCCCAAGAUUUUCAGAAACAUGGGACAGUAAGAGAUUUGUUUGACUUUCUUCAGUUUUGGUUUGGGUUUCAGAAAGGUAAUGUAGCUAACCAGAGGGAGCAUCUGAUUCUACUCCUUGCUAACAUGCACAUUCGGCAAACCCAUGAUCAGAAAUCUAACUCAAAGUUAGGGGAUGGUACGGUGGACGAAUUGAUGAGAAAAUUCUUUGAAAAUUAUAUAAAUUGGUGCAAAUUUUUGGGGAAAAAAAGCAACAUUCGGUUGCCUUGUGUUAAGCAAGAAGCCCAACAAUACAAGCUUUUAUAUAUAGGGCUUUACCUUCUUAUAUGGGGGGAGGCGGCAAACUUGCGGUUCAUGCCCGAGUGUCUCUGUUAUAUUUUUCACCAUAUGGCAUAUGAGUUGCAUGGAAUGUUAACUGGUGCUGUUAGCUUGAUAACUUGGGAGAAGGUUAUGCCAGCAUAUGGAGGGGAGUCUGAAUCCUUCCUUAACAAUGUAGUUACCCCACUAUACAGGGUUAUAAGCGAGGAAGGUAAGAAAAGCAAAAGGGGGACAGCUGACCAUUCUACGUGGAGAAACUACGAUGAUCUGAACGAGUACUUCUGGUCUCCUAGCUGUUUCGAAAUAGGUUGGCCCAUGCGCCUGGACCACAAUUUCUUUUGUGUACAGCCUUCAAAAAAACCUAAAGCUAAGAAUGCUCCAGUAUCACGUUCUACUGUAGAAGAAAGGAGGAAGCAAGAAGGGAACAAAGAUGAAGAACUGGGGGAUUCCGGGGAGGAAGCUCGUGAACAAAAAUGGCUAGGAAAGACAAAUUUUGUUGAGAUCCGUUCAUUUUGGCAGAUUUUUAGGAGCUUUGAUAGAAUGUGGAGUUUUUUUAUUCUUUCCCUUCAGGCAAUGAUAAUUAUGGCGUGCCAUGAUUUGGGAUCUCCAUUUCAAUUGUUCAACACAGCAAUAUUUGAGGACGUUAUGAGCAUCUUCAUUACUUCUUCAAUCCUUAGACUCAUACAAGCAAUUCUUGACAUAGCAUUUACAUGGAAAGCUAGAGGCACAAUGGAAUUCUCCCAAAAGAUGAAACUUUUGAUGAGGAUGGCUGUCGCAGUGAUAUGGACUAUUGUUCUUCCUGUAUGCUAUGCUAAAUCGAGAAGAAAAUAUACUUGUUAUUCUGCACGAUAUGGGAGCUGGCUUGGAGAAUGGUGCUUUUCUUCUUAUAUGGUUGCUGCUGCAAUUUACUUGAUAACAAAUGCAGUUGACACAGUGUUAUUUUUUGUUCCUGUUGUGAGCAAGUAUAUUGAGGUCUCCAAUUGGCGGAUAUGGACAAUUUUAUCAUGGUGGACACAGCCUAGAAUCUACGUUGGACGUGGAAUGCAAGAAAGCCAAGUUUCAGUGUUGAAGUACACCUUGUUUUGGAUACUAGUACUGUUAAGCAAAUUUUUGUUCAGCUACUAUUUUGAGAUAAAACCACUCAUGGCUCCGACAAAACAAAUCAUGAAAAUUGGCGUGAAAAGUUAUGAAUGGCAUGAGCUCUUUCCAAUAGUCAAAAGUAAUGCUGGUGCAAUUGUUGCUGUAUGGGCUCCUAUAAUAGUUGUGUAUUUUAUGGACACACAGAUUUGGUACUCUGUUUUCUGUACAAUCUUCGGUGGAGUCUAUGGCAUUUUGCAUCACAUUGGAGAGAUUCGGACAUUGGGAAUGCUGAGAAGUAGAUUUCACUCAUUGCCUUAUGCGUUUAACUUACGUCUUAUUGCACCCUCAUCACGGAAUGAUGACAAGAAAAGAAUCAGGUUUUUUCAGAAUAGAUUUCAGAGGGUGUCGGAGAAUGAAAAAAAUAGUUUUUCAAGGUUUGCCCUAGUAUGGAACCAAAUUAUCAACAAAUUUCGAUUAGAGGAUUUGAUAAGCGACAGGGAGUUGGAUUUAAUGAAAAUUCCUAUGGCAUCAGAAACAUUUUCUGGCUCAGUUUGUUGGCCGGUUUUCCUUCUAGCUUAUAAGUUUUCAACAGCUUGGAGCAUUGCAAAAGAUUUUGAGGGAAAGGAUGAGGCUCUAUUCAGAAAGAUUAAAAAAGAGGAAUGCAUGUACCAUGCUGUAAAGGAGUGCUACGAGUCAUUGAAGUACAUCCUUGAAAUUCUUGUUGUGGGAAAUCUGGAGAAAAGGAUCAUAUCUGCCAUAGUAAAUGAAAUUGAAGAAAGCAUUGGAAAAUCAAGUCUCCUUCAGGACUUCAGGAUGAAAGAGCUCCCAGCUGUGCUAGAAAAAUGUGUCGAUUUAGUUGAACUUCUGGUUGAGGGGAAUGAAAGCCAUUAUGACAAAGUUGUGAAAGCUCUCCAAGAUAUAUUUGAGGUUGUAACCAAUGAUAUGAUGACUAAUUGUUCCAGGAUAAUGGAUUUGCUCUAUUCACCCCAAAACAUAGACAAGAGUUAUGGUGAUUUUUCUAGAAAAAUUGAACCGCAAUUAUUUGAGUCAUCUGCUAGCACAAGAUCCAUCCACUUCCCUUUGCUAAAUAGAGGCCCACUGAAUGAACAGAUCAAGCGCUUUCAUUUCCUGCUUACUGUCAAAGAUGCAGCAAUGGACAUACCGGCAAACUUAGAGGCAAAAAGGCGUAUUUCAUUCUUUGCUACUUCUCUCUUUAUGGAUAUGCCCAAUGCUCCUAAAGUACGAAAUAUGCUGUCAUUCAGCGUUAUAACUCCACACUACAUGGAAGAUAUUAAUUAUUCAGUGGAGGAUCUCCAAUUAAGCCAGCAAGAGGUUUCCAUCAUCUUUUACAUGCAAAAGAUAUUUCCAGAUGAGUGGAAACACUUUUUGGAACGCACGGGUUGUGAAAACCUCGAGAGACUAAAAGUGGAGAGAAAUGAGGAAGAGCUAAGAAAUUGGGCUUCAUUCCGAGGUCAAACAUUAAGCAGAACAGUUAGAGGAAUGAUGUAUUAUAGAGAAGCCUUAAAAUUACAAGCAUUUCUUGACAUGGCAGAGGAGGAAGAUAUCCUUGAUGGUUAUGAGACUGCUACAAAAGGAAACCGUCCAUUAUCAGAUCAACUAGAUGCGCUAGCAGACAUGAAAUUCACAUACAUUAUUUCUUGUCAAUCAUUUGGAUCACAAAAAGCUUCUGGAAAUCCCCAUGCGGACGACAUAGUUGACUUGAUGAAAAGGUACCCAUCUCUCCGUGUUGCUUAUGUUGAGGAGAAAGAAGAGAUUGUUGCAGACAAGCCUCAGAAGGUUUAUUCUUCUUUGUUGGUUAAAGCUGUCAAUGGUUAUGAACAGGUAAUAUAUCGCAUAAAGCUUCCUGGUCCACCUGAUAUUGGAGAAGGGAAGCCUGAAAAUCAAAAUCAUGCUAUAAUCUUCACCCGUGGUGAAGCUCUCCAAGCAAUUGAUAUGAACCAGGAUAAUUAUUUGGAAGAAGCACUCAAAAUUAGAAAUCUUCUGCAAGAAUUUCAUCAGCACCAAGGCUGUAGGCCUCCUACAAUUCUUGGUUUAAGAGAGCACAUAUUCACGGGAAGUGUUUCUACUCUAGCAUGGUUCAUGUCAUAUCAAGAGACCAGCUUUGUCACCAUUGGUCAACGGCUUCUUGCCAGUCCUCUCAGGGUACGAUUCCACUAUGGGCAUCCAGAUGUAUUUGACAAGGUAUUUCACAUCACAAGAGGUGGCAUAAGCAAAGCAUCCAAAACAAUUAACUUAAGUGAAGAUGUCUUUGCUGGAUUUAAUUCUACUUUACGUCGGGGAUGUAUUACAUACCAUGAGUACAUGCAAGUUGGCAAAGGUCGUGAUGUAGGCCUAAAUCAGAUCUCGAAUUUUGAAGCAAAGGUUGCUAAUGGAAACAGUGAACAAACUUUAUCUCGUGAUGUUUACCGCCUUGGACGUCAAUUUGAUUUCUUCCGGAUGCUAUCUUGUUAUUUUACAACCAUUGGGUUUUACUUCAGUAGCCUGAUAUCAGUAAUUGGGAUUUAUGUGUUCCUCUACGGCCAGCUCUACCUUGUUCUUAGUGGACUGGAGAAAGCCUUUCUUCUUGAGGCUAAAGUGCGGAACCUACAAUCCUUAGAAACAGCUCUUGCCUCCCAGUCAUUUAUACAGCUUGGCCUCCUAACAGGCUUACCAAUGGUGAUGGAGAUUGGACUUGAGAAAGGGUUUCUCACAGCCCUUAAAGAUUUUGUCCUCAUGCAAUUGCAACUGGCUUCUGUUUUCUUUACUUUCUCCCUUGGAACAAAAACUCAUCAUUAUGGCCGAACAAUUCUGCAUGGGGGGGCUAAGUACAGACCCACUGGGCGUAAGGUCGUGGUGUUUCAUGCCAGCUUCACUGAAAACUACAGAUUGUAUUCAAGAAGCCACUUUGUGAAAGGAUUUGAACUAUUGCUCUUGUUGAUUGUCUAUGAUUUGUUUCGGAGGUCAUACCAGAGCAGCAUGGCUUAUAUGUUAAUCACUUAUGCCAUUUGGUUCAUGUCAAUCACUUGGUUGUUUGCACCAUUUCUUUUUAAUCCCUCUGGUUUCAGUUGGGGCAAGAUAGUAGAUGACUGGAAAGAUUGGAACAAAUGGAUCAGGCAGCAGGGUGGCAUAGGAGUUCAACCGGAUAAAAGUUGGCAAUCAUGGUGGGAUGAUGAGCAAGCUCAUCUUCGUCAGUCAGGGUUGAGUUCUAGGUUGAUUGAAAUACUUCUCUCUCUUAGGUUUUUCAUUUAUCAGUACGGUCUGGUAUAUCACCUUGACAUCUCCCAACAGAGCAAAAACUUUCUGGUUUAUGUGCUUUCAUGGGUUGUGAUUCUUGCAGUUUUCCUAUUAGUCAAGGCAGUUAAUCUCGGUAGGCAACUGUUCAGUGCUAAUUAUCAUCUGUGGUUUAGACUAUUCAAAACAUUCCUCUUCCUGGGCGUUCUAGCCAUUAUGAUCACUCUUUCCAUUGUCUGUGAUCUAUCCUUGAUGGACUUAAUCGUGUGCUGUCUCGCAUUUUUGCCAACCGGAUGGGGUCUGAUCUUGAUUGCACAAGCUGUGAGGCCUGCAAUAAGGACUAGUGGAUUGUGGUACUUCAUCCGAGUACUUGCUAGAGCUUAUGAUUAUGGAAUGGGUGUUGUUCUUUUCGCACCCGUAGCUGUUUUGGCAUGGCUCCCAAUUAUAUCUGCCUUCCAGACUCGUUUCCUUUUCAACGAGGCAUUCAAUAGGCACUUGCAAAUCCAACCAAUUCUUGCAGGGAAAAAGAAGCAAAAAUAAUCAUCGUAUAUACAUAUGUAACUAUGAUGAGUCUGUGUACAUGUAUGAAGUCAAGUUGAUCAUAGAAAAAUACUGCAUAUAUGAUGCUGUAUUGAUUCAUACCAGCUUUGCAAUUGACAUUAUAGAAACACAAGUUUGAUUCUUGUCAAAGAACUCGAGAUGUACUUGAAUUGUUUGUAAUGAUCAAAUAAACAAAAUAAGUGCUA